UUUAUUAUGUUACAAUAUUAAUUAUUGUUAAUAAUUAAAUAAAUAUAAAAAUAGAAUAAUAUAUGAUAAAAUUUUAAAUUGACCUUGAACAAUACAACAAUCAACACAUUUACCUCAAAGUUGAUGGUGAAAAAAAAACAAAUAAACAUCAAUUAAAUAUUGUUAAAAAAAAAAAAGCUAUACUGUAUAUUUUUUUUGGAGCAUGAAGUGUCAAAUAAAAAUACCAUGGAGUUCAAUGUUUACAAAAAACAUGUCAUCAAGUGCAAAAACAAAAAAUUAUUAUACAAAUUUAGAUUUAACAACAAAUGCCACACAGGAAGAAGUUAAAGCAGCAUAUUUUAAAUUAUCAAUGCAAUAUCAUCCAGAUAAAAAUAAUUCUGAUGAAGCUAAAAUUAAAUUUCGUGAAAUAUCAGAUGCAUAUGAGGUACUUGGUAAUUUUAAUAAACGUAAAAAUUAUGAUCGUGGUAUUAAUGUUAAAACAACAGCAUAUAAAUCACAUCAACCUGGUGAAAAUAUUAAAACUGAAGAUAUAACUAAAGAAGCAUUUCGUGCAAGGUCAGAAAUAUUUCGUCACAGUAGUGCUUUAAAUAAUCAAAAAAUAUAUGAUUUUGAUGAAUGGACAAAAGCACAUUAUGGAAAACUAUUUAGAAGAUCUCAAUUUGAAAAACAAGAGCUACACAGAAUGAUGGAAAUUAACAAAAGGUUUUCAGAUAGUUCUGAUUCUAAAAAUGAAUUUCCAGCUGUAAUAUUUGUUGUUGUUGUUUGUUUUAUCAUGGUAAUGUUUGGUGCAUCAGUUGAUUCAAAUUUUGAUUAUCCAGAAAUAAAUGAAAAAACAAAAAAAUAAUAUUCAUUAUAUGAAUUAUAGACAAAAUGUUUUUUUCUGUAAAUAGUUAUGAAAAGAAAACUGUA